AUGGCAGAAGCUCAGCUUAAGUUCUUACUGCAAAGAUGGGAGUCUCUUUUAGUUCAAAAGGCUGAUCUUUUUGCCGGGGUUGGAGAUCAGCUCGGAAGGAUUCGACGCACACUCCAGGAGAUGGGAGGACUCCUGGCAGAAAGAAGCAGUUCAGAAAGCGAUGAUGGGUUCUGUAGCUGGGUGAGUGAAAUCCGAGAUUCACUCCUCAACAUGGACGAUCUCGUUGACGAGUUCAUCAUUCAGCAAAAUGAUUCGAUGGGUGGCAACAUGCUUACAUCCGAAUCCUUCAAGCUUGAGCUACACAAGGCAGAAGCCGACCUGGAAGAGAUAGUCAGCAGAAAGCCUGAACUAAUUCAUGAGAAAGGAGGUCAGACUAGCUCUGCUUCAACAACAACUUCAGUUGAUGAAUUCAGGUCGAAAUACAGCAACUUGCCUUACUAUCUUCAAUCUUUAUUGUUGUACUGCUGCAUCUUCCCUGAGAAUCACUGGAUCGCCAAAGGGAAGUUGAUCCGAUUACUAGUAGCUGAAGGUCUGGUUCAAGAGGAAGCUGCUGGAAGAUUACCAGAGGAAAUAGCUGACGAAAACAUCAACGAACUGAUCACUCGAGGGAUGAUUUACAAGAAGAACGAUCACCCAGGUCAUGGAACCUUCAUAGCUGUUUGCUCUCCUUACUACACAAUCCUCCGCCAAACAUUUGUAUCUGCUCAUGCUGCUACAGAUUCAGCCAUCCCCAGUAGAGCACGCCGUGUUUGUACUCCUGAUAUGACACAAAUUGCAGAAAAACUGAAGAAUACUCGACCACGUACUUUGUUGUCAUUAGGUAAUCAGGAUGGUCUAGAAGGGAACUGGCUGAGUUUUCAGGGAGCGAAGUUUCUAAGGAUCUUAGAUCUUGAAGCAGCAAGGAUCAAGACCAUACCUGAAGAAUUGGGAGACUUGAUCCACUUGACAUAUCUUGGGUUGAAACACAAUGAUAUAGUUGAUCUUCCGGUGACAAUCAGCAAUCUAAGAGCAUUACAGACACUGGACAUCAGAUGGUGUGGGAGCCUGACUUCACUCUCAGGUGAGAUACUAAACCUUAUUAGACUAAGGCACCUCAAAAUGUUCAAGAACAUGAAGAUGCCAGAAGGCAUAAGUAAACUUACAAACCUCCUUACCCUCACUGGAAUACAUGGUGGAGGCGACAUUCCAGUAGAAUUGGGCAAACUGAGACAGCUCAGGAGUUUGGGAGUGAUGGAUGUUACCGAAGAUACUGCGGAUGAGCUAUUUGCUUCUAUAACUAGACUGCAAAAUCUUCUCAGCUUGUCUCUGGAGGCAAAAUGGAGUGCGGGUAAAGAAAAGCUCACCCUCCUCGAUACAUUUUCACCUCCACAUCUUCUUCGGAAGCUUCGCCUAGAAGGACGCCUAGAAAAGAUACCGAGCUGGUUUCACUCUUUGAACAACCUAACAAUGCUGAGAUUGGGUUUCUCUCAUUUGGAAGAGGAUCCGGCGUUGGCACUCCAACAACUACCUAACUUGCAGAAUCUCACUCUGUGGCAUGCAUAUGAUGGGAAGCAGUUGGGGAAGGAAUUCUGCAAGGCCGGAGGAUUUCCCAAACUUGAGAUUCUCAGCAUUGCUUCUCAUGUCCUUGAGGAAUGGACAGAGGUGGAGGAAGGAGCACUGCCUAGCUUGCAAUACCUCCAUUUCCACAACUGUUCGAGACUGAGGAUGCUUCCCGAAGGCCUGCAAUUUGUCACCACAUUAAAACAGUUGGAUCUGCUGCCGCUGAAUGAUGAUCAUGUUCAGAGACUGAAACCUGAUGGAGGGGAGGAGAAUUACAAGAUCGAGCACAUUCCAACCAUAAGAUUCCUCCCAGUGUCUGCACUGAAGUUCUCACCCCCCAACUGA